CCACUAGCGUAAAGGCUGCACUCCUAUCAUGCAUGCUUUCUUGGAGAGAAACCGCAUGAAACUCAAUGGAACCCACUUUGGAAUUAACGUGCAAUUCGUUGCGAUAUAAGGCUUGUUCUUUCUCUAUGAGCAUACGAGUAGAAGUAGCCAAGAAGACGAGGCUCUCACCACCAGUCGUUGGACUACAGCGCCCAUCACCCCGUGCCGCAAUUCAGCGUGGUUGAUAAGCGUUGCAGCUCCCAGACAUGGGAACAGUCUAUCAUAGCCAGAGGAAAAGACAGAAAGGGAUUGUGGGAGACGUAGUUUCAGCACGAGGAAUGCGAAGCAAGCUAGACGCGCACAGGGGGACAAGAGAACAGAGCGCUUUGGGAACCGUAGUUUCGUUGAGGCAAGCAGGAGUUGGAGAUUUGCAGAGGAAGACUACGUUUCCCAAGUACCUCUGCGCGAGUGGGGCAGCGAUCUGCGUUUUUCUCCACCUUCUUUCCUUGGGUUAAGCCUUGGGCGCCCGGGGAGACGGCGACUGUGUUGUUGAGAUUUCGGCUCUGGUCUGGGUAGCCUCGCAGGAAGAGGAGAAGGGGAAGGAAGAAGCAGACCGGCAGCAGUGGUGCUGAAAGAACUGUUCCUUGCUAAAACUGGUGAGAAAUCUGUUUGACAGCAGCAUUGUGUAUGUGUCUUUUUUUAAAAUACAUCCAGUAUACAGAUAUAGGCUUGGAAAAAUGAAUAAAGAUGUACAAAUGAGAGCAACUAUUAACCAAAAGCUAAUCGAAACAGGAGAACGAGAACGCCUUAAAGAACUUCUGAGAGCCAAAUUAAUUGAAUGUGGUUGGAAAGACCAGCUGAAAGCACACUGUAAAGAAGUCAUCAAAGAGAAAGGACUAGAGCAUGUCACCGUUGAUGAUUUAGUGGCAGAAAUCACUCCCAAAGGCAGAGCCUUGGUACCUGACAGUGUAAAAAAAGAACUUCUACAAAGAAUACGAACAUUCCUUGCCCAGCAUGCCAGCCUUUGAUUCUUCCAUUGAAUUUUACCAUGUCAAGUGAAUUGUGCUGGAAACUGGAAAAAAAACAUUUUCCCAUGCUUUAGGUUUAAGGUUCAACUUUUUUUUUUAAUGUUUAGUUACUGGAACUGUACUUUGCUACACUGAAUUGUGCAUCUUGAUAUUUUAAUAAAAAAAACUAACAACCUUAUGUGUGUAUGUCAGAAAGAAAUUACCUUUCUUGCCAUUAAAAUGAUGGUGUGCGGCUUGACACAA